UUUUUAGCAUUGCUUUUCCCGAAGGAGGUCUGUUAUCAAAAGUAUGGUUGCUUUAAACCUCAUCCAAACCCUCUGGUAAAGCAACCACAGAGCCCAUCCCAGAUUGGAGUACGAUUCAAUCUCUUUACAAGAGAAAACAGGAAUUCAGCAACGCUCAUUGAUGAUGAAAAUGAAUCUAAGCUCAGUGCCUCUCACUUCAUUAUUUCAAGACCACUGACAAUUUUCGUGAUCCACGGUUUUACAGGUAAGAGCGAGAGCCAGGAGACUGAGAAACAAGUCGGUCACAGCCUAAUUACUUUUUUUAGGCUAGUUAUGGUUGUAUUUUUCGUGCUAGAAAUCUCUAAACUAAUCAGAAUCUGAGCAGUGCUUCUGAUUGUUCGUGGAGCGAGAAAAAUUUGCUUCAACCAAUCACAAGUACUACCCAGCUUUGGGAGGUUGCAAGUCAUUAUUAUGGAUUUCUGUAGUCGUUCACAGACGUCUUUCGCGGGGAAACCGGUGCGGCGUCGUCGCGAAACGUUGGCUGUUUUCUUAGGCUAUACAAUAAUGUCAAAACGACAGACAGAUUUUGUGUAGACCUAGAUUUGUAAAAAUCUUUAGAACAGUAAACCGAACGAUCGGACAAAUGCCGCUCUUUACCAUUUAACUUUUUUUUAUAUUCUUCUCACUCUUCAUGGAGCAAGGAUCAGUUCAUUUUUUGCCACCUAACUAAGUAUAUAAGCUUUAGCCACAGACUUUCGGUGACUGACUCAUAAUUACUGCACAGAAAACAUUAACACCUGGGCCACAGAGAUGAAAAAUGCUCUGCUACGACGCGAAGACUGCAAUGUGAUUUUGGUGGACUGGUCUAAAGGGGCUAAAGGACCGAAUUACCUCCAGGCAGCCGGGAACACACGGCUUGUGGGUGCUCAGACAGCCGAGCUUAUAAGGUUCCUGAUUUCGAGUAGCCCUGGAUCAGUCGGUUCGAUCGAUCGUUUCUACAUUGUGGGGUUCAGUCUUGGAGCUCAAGCAGCGGGAUAUGCUGGAAGCUAUUUGAAGGAUCAGGGAAUGAAACUGGGUCGUAUUACUGGUAAGGACUAACCUAAAAGCAAAUUUUACCAAACUGUUUAUAUUCAUUUGUCGGUUUAUCCAAUACUAAACAGCAAGGUCAAUAUUACAGCCACUUGUCACUUACUUUAUUUUAUUUUUCCUGGGAGUUCUCCUGAUUUUUUCUAAGGCGUAACUACUAUAACAGCUGUUGCUGCUAUUACUACCUAGCCACUGCUAAGUUUUGCUACCACUUCCAUUAACAUUACCACCACCAUUAUCACUACCACUACCAUUAUCACCACCAUUAUCACUUUCACUGCCACUACCAUUACCACCACCAUUUUCACUAUCAUUGCCACUACCACUAACACUACCACUACCACUACCACUACCGCUACCACCACCAUUAUCACUAUCAAUGCCGCUACCAGUAUCACUUACCACUACCAAUACCACCACCAUUAUCACUACCACUACCACUGCCACUAGCACUAUAUCACUACCAUUACCAUUACCACCACCAUUAUCGCUACCACCACCAAUACCACUAGCACUAACAUUACCACCACGAGAUUAUCACUAUCACUUCCACUACCACUACCACUACCAUUAGCACCACCAUUACCACCACCACCACUACCGCUACCACCAGCAUUACCGUCACCACUACCACUUUCACAACCGACUACCACUACCAUUACCAACACCAUUACCACUAUCACAGCCACUAUGACUAUCAUAACCACCACUAUUUUUAGUACCACCACCGCUACCACUGCGUUCACCAUUACUACUUCCACUAUGAGUUCCACAACUUUGCUUCUGUUCUUAUCUACUUGACUGUUAUAUUAUUCUUUUCUGGUGGGAUGACAGGCUUGGAUCCUGCUGGUCCUAAGUUUACAAACGAGGAAAAAGACUUUCGACUUGAUGAAAGUGACGCCAACUAUGUCGACGUGAUUCACACCAAUGCAGGAUUUUUGGGAACAAGCCAGAGGGUUGGAGACAUCGACUUUUAUCCAAAUGGUGGCAAACAUCAGCCCGGAUGUCUAGUCAAUGGUAGGUUAAAAAAGGGAAUUUUCAAAAUUUUACAUGAGUUGUCUUCGAGGUGCUCCAAUUAUUUAAGCUUUUAUUUUAAAGCGACACUGAAAAUGGCACUUUCUUGUCAUGCAAAUCAAUCUCGUUUAUUUCACAAGAAAGGUUUUGCUCUUGCAUUUUCGUGGAUAGCGAGGGGUUAUUGAACUCGCAAAUAGCACAUGCUGUAUAAUAGAUUAAUUAAAAUCUUAUGUGAAAUCUAUGUUUCUUUGAUUUUGCCGGUUUUCCCCAUUAAAUCGUCCUUUAUACUCGAAAAAGCACCGCGAGGGCGCUUAUUGAAUUUUUUUGGCUUCUCGGCUUCUUGGGGGUGGCUGUCACAUAAAUCUUUCAUUUUGGAAAUAUCACUACUGUUCUUCAUUUCCUUAGAAAAUUUUUUAAAAUUUUAUUUUAUCCUUUGCUCUUCUUAAAGCUUCUUAAGAAAGAUGUGAACCGCGAAAGAAACCUCAACUAAGUCAUGUAAACUUUUUCUUAAAAAAGACAACAAUACGCCCAUCUUUAUUGUUUAUGAAGUGAAUUUAGGCCAAGCAUACAUAUUUUGCAUUCGAUCUUCAGAAUUUACUUUCCUACUUAUUUCAAAUUUCAGAUGAUCAUCGCAUUUAUAGACGCAACUGUAGUAGCUGCGUAAAGAGAGCCUGAAAAAAUUCAGAUCAUAUGAAAUUAAAGGUUCGAAUCCCGAAAGUGCAACCCUGAAUUUGAAAAUUUUCAUCAGGCUUCAUCGUUACAAUUUGUUAAAAAAAUAGACCAAAAAUCACUAACUUAUUUUGACUUGAUAAUGACGUUCAAAAACGUUCGUAAAAUUUUUAAUCUUAAAAUGAUUUUAAGAAAUGUUUUAUCGCAAUUUUUAUAGGUACUAGUUUCAGGCUUCAUCGCAAUUAAAAAAAAACGUUUUUCUUAUUGUUUUUCAUUGUUCCGCCGCAGUUCCUAUAUAAGAUUUUAAUUAGCUAGCUAGUUACUUAGUUAUUUCGUUAGUCAGUUUCGUUAGUCGGAUGUACACGCAAAUUCAUACCCCCACGGUGGUACAAAGGGGGGGGGGGGUAUGGAACCCCUCCCCGGAGAUUUUGAAAUGUUGCAGUAUUUUAAAACGAUUUUACCUUUUGUGGAAAGCCUUUGAUCUUCUUAACAAGAUGAGGUAUAUUUUAGGGGUGGUGGCGCUGCUGGAGGCCUGUGACGUCAUCAACAAUAGUCGCCAUCUUGGCCGCCAUCUUGGAUUUUACCAAGAAGUAGAAAUCAGGUUAAAACCGCCAGAAAUGGUAAUUUUUUGUGCUUUACAUGAAAAAUAACACAUAAAUAAGCACUUUGUAUGAUUUUAGCCACAAGGUUUACUUUUAUUGUUGACCCAAAAUUGGCUUGAACGCCUGCUACUUAUGACGUCACAGCUCGUAACCAUAGCAACUGACCAUCACUAAACUUGUCUCAAAAUGUGUGCGAGGGAUGAAUAAACAGCUACGAAAAUGCCAGGUACUGAUGUUUUAUCCUCAAAGGAAAAAACUCAGAAACACCUUAUGUACGUCAGAGGGUUAAUAGUUAAUUAGCUUGUUAGUUAGUUAUUUUGUUAGUUAGUAAGAUACUUAGAUGGAUAGUUAGUUAGUUACUUACUUACUUACGUUCUCAAAAAAUAAAAGUGGCAAAACCAGUGAAAAUAAAAAAAGCGCUGCAUUGUUGCUGGGAAUGUGGGGUGUUUAUUUGAGGGAGGCGCUCGUUCGAGUGAUUACAGUAAGUAAGUAUCUGUCACGCUGCUGUAUUUAGGUUUUUUUUUAAAUUUUCUUUUCAAUUCUUUCAGUCGUAUGUAGCCACGUGAGAGCGACGCAGUAUUUCAUUGCCUCCGUGAAGGGAUCGUGUUCGUGGACCGCAUAUCCAUGCGACGACUACCAGUCCUUCAAGCAAAAGAAAUGUCCAGCGUCGGCGUGUAAUGGUAUAUGUCCUAACAUGGGUUUCGAAGCUGACAGCCCUAAAGGCUAUGGAAAAUUCUACCUAAAUACAGACGAGAACGAUCCAUUCUGCGGUAAGUUGUUCCCCCAAAAGAAUAAAUUGAGCUCUUCAUAG